GAAACUGCCGGCGUGGAUUCGAUGGACGUUGAAAAAACGGGCGAAAGUAAUGCUUUGCCAGAGGCCUUUGCUGUUGAAGUUCUUCAUAUGGUGAGAGAAGCUCAACAACAGCAUGGAUUAAGACAUGGCGAUUACCAAAGAUACAGGAGUUAUUGCACAAGGAGGCUGAGGCGUAUUAGGAAAAGCUUACACUUUCCUCAAGGCUCUAAAUACAAAGUCCAGCCCAAGAAAAUUACAGAAGAAAUGCUGACUGAUGUAAAAUACCUUUUCCUUCCAUUAGUGAGUGCAGAGAGGGCUUGGAGUUAUGCUAUGCAGCUCAAGUCAGAGGCCAACACAGAACCAAGGAAACGGUUUCACUUGAGUGCUAGGUUGAGGAAAGCCGUAGGAUUUGCUGAAGAAUUUGCCAAGUUGUGUGAGAGUAACAAAGUUGAUGCUAGAACUAAGUUAGAGGCGCAGGCCUAUUUUUCAUGGAUGAAGGCAACCUUAUUAUUUGAAUUAGAAAACUGGAGCAGCAGUAUAGAAUUCUUCACAAAAGCUAAGACCAUUUAUGAGAAGCUUGCCAGUGCAUUCACUGAGGACAUCCAGGCUCUGUACCACCAGAGAGUUGAGGAGAUCGCCCCUAAUAUACGAUACUGUGCCUACAACAUUGGUGAUGAGACUGCUAUCAAUGACCUGAUGCAGAUGAGGCUGAAGUCUGGCAAAGAGGAUAUGCUGACUACGAAAAUUGAUGAAUUGCUUUCUCAAACAAGGGAGAAACAGACAUCCACCCUCUCAGAGGUCACCUGGCGAGGACAUGUGAUACCUGUGAAAAACGAAGCAGUCCGGGCCUUCCUGCUAAGUGUUCAAGCGAGUGACAAGGAGUUGGCUGCUACAGAAGACGUGGAUAGUAAGGUGUCCAUUUAUGGAAGUCUGCUGAAUGAGUGUAUAGAUGCACUGCAGUCAUUAAGGGAUGAACUUAAGAAUGAUCCGAUAUUCAAAGCCACCCAGAGAGGCCAGAAGGCUGAAGGGAAAAUAUCCAAAGUGCAGUUACUACAUACGUAUGUUACGUACCUGCGUCAAACCAAAACUAUAGACCGUAACCUGCUUAUGGUGGAGUCGUUGAAAGUACAACUAGGCAAAGUACAAGAGGGCAAAAAGAUGGUGAAACCACAAGAUAUAGCACGACUCUAUGAUAUAAUAAUACAGAACUUAGCAGAUAUUCCUAAUCUAGUAGGCUUAGAAGAUGAUGUAACUAUUUUAGCUGAGACAGAAACUCAGAUGGAGUGCUAUAAAGCUUUUAGGUGCUUCUAUAUUGCUCAGACAUAUGCCAGUGCCAAGAAGUGGGCGGAGGCCUUAGCGUUGUAUGAACAGGUCCUUAUAUAUGCCAAGGGGGCCGUUGCUGGCUACAAGAAGAUUACUGGUAAUCACUUUAGGAAUCCAAAGUCCGAGAUUGAAUCACUACAAACAUUGAUCAAAGAUGUUGAUGGGUUGAAGUACUCGUGUCACGCUGCCAGUAUUUUAGAUCUGGAAGACACAACAGACCAGAUGGCAGCAGUAGCAAUCAAACCAAAAAAGCCUCUCGUAGACAGACUGGAUGACUUCGUCGACGACGCGACGCUCACGGGGAAGAAACCCAACCUGGUGCCCUUCCCGCCUGACUUUGAACCUGUGCAGUGCAAACCUUUAUUCUUUGACUUGGCCUUGAAUCACGUUGAAUUUCCGUCACUCGAUGAUCGUAUGGAGCAGAAGAAAGCAAGUGGAAUUACUGGAAUGGUUAAAGGGUGGUUGUGGGGAAAAUGAGGGACGUUUAGUAUUUAGCAAUUCUGGUCUAGGUUGUAUUUAUAUUAAUUUUAUCCUGCGGCAGCAGACGCCUGUAUUUGGAGAGCUCCAGUGCUAAAGUUUUGUCAGCAUUUUGUUCUGAAGGAUUCGAAAAUAGUUCUGCCUGUGUAAUGAUUAGGAUGAAGUUCUUGGGUAAGACAGGGUCAAGUCAAAAUGGUGACGUUGAGCUCGACCAAAAUGUUCUUUCUGUGUUCUGACUAAUUGAUGUACAUUCCCAGGGGAUUUUACAUUCAUUUCUAUGCGUGGUCUUGCUCAACUUCAGAGUUUGACAAUGGCCUGUCUCCAUUGCUGCCAUCAAAGUUUUCUGUCAUGAUGUCUAUCGAAGGAGGUCGCUUUUAGCUGAAAUGGUCUUGAAUUGGGUCCAGCAACCUGGCCAAUAGUUGUGGGAGGACGACUAACCAGUAUUUUGGUCCUCAGCAUCAUGACAUGAUGGACCAAAAUACUUGUCCGAUGACGUCAUAAACUACAACACAUUACAAAAUAGAAGAUGUUACAAAGUAUAUCACUGCUGGGAAUGAUGCCAAAGCGAAUCAUGGAACGUCCUUGAGCAUCAGCUUUGAAUUUCAGUCAUGGGUACAGAUUAUGUGUGUUGUCAUAUCCUAGCAUUUGCUUCAGAACCAGUUGGCGUUCAGAUGUCGGGGCUUGGUUGAUGAAAAUGCAUUUUUAUCUUGGUAUGAGCUGUUCUUGCAUUAUCUCCCACCGUGAAGUUCAGUAACACCAAGAUAAAAUCAUACUCUAGAUUAGUGACAUUGCAAUUUGAACAGUUUGCACUGGAUUCAUGUGAAUGUCUGUAUGCUGUAAACCAUCAUGGUUCACACUAGUCGUUUUUGAAAACGUGCCUGGUUGGAGCACAUUUGUGUUGAAUUUGCAAACACUUUGAACCGUGGGAUCGAGUUGUCAAUCCAUUCAUUUGUUGCUGUACUGAAAUAAUGUUUUUAAUUCGAUUGUCUAUUAUCUUGUGCUGAAAAUAACACAGUAGGAAUCUGUGGGUGCCAAGGUUGAGCUCAGUAUGAUUCUUGAAGUAAUAAAUAUUAUGUAAAGUC